GUGUUGUUAUUGCCAGUGCUGUACAGUACAGUCAGUGAAGGGCAGACAGCGACACACACUCACACACGGAGUCGAGCAGGAUUAGAUAGACUCGGACUGGAUGGCAGGAUGACAUGCUCAGAUAAGAAGACACUGAUUCAAACAAACGGUCGCUUUUUACGCGUGUUAUUAAAGCUGUCGACAUAUUUCAGUCCGUGUCAGUCCAGCUGAGAUGAUUAUGAUGAUGAUGGACGCGCAUCUGUGGGAUCAUCUUCAGGCUGGCAGCUCCGAGGUGGACUGGUGUGAAGGGAAUUACCUUAUUUAUCCGGGAAUUGCGGAGUUUUAUAACACGAUAAGCAACGUGCUGUUUUUCGUGCUUCCGCCGAUCCUCAUGUGUCUGUUUCGUCAGUACGCCACACACUUCAACAGUGGCAUCUAUCUGAUAUGGACUCUGCUGGUGGUUGUUGGCAUCGGCUCCACUUAUUUCCAUGCGACGCUGAGCUUUCUGGGGCAGAUGCUGGAUGAGUUGGCCAUACUGUGGGUGCUCAUGUGUGCCAUCGGCAUGUGGUUUCCCAAGAGAUACCUGCCCAAGAUAUUCAGAAGAGACAGGUCAAGGUUUAAAAUGGUCAUCGGCAUACUCUCAGGCAUCACCACCUGUCUGGCCUUCAUCAAGCCAGCGAUAAACUCCAUCUCUCUAAUGACGCUAGGCAUCCCGUGCACCGCGCUGCUCAUCACUGAGCUCAAGAGGUGUGAUAACCUGCGUGUGUUCAAGCUGGGUCUGCUAUCGGGUCUGUGGUGGACGCUGGCGCUCAUGUGCUGGAUUAGCGAUCGCAUUUUCUGUGAGAUGUGGUCAUCUGUCAACUUCCCAUAUUUGCACUGCGCCUGGCACAUCCUGAUCUGUCUGGCCUCAUAUCUGGGAUGUGUGUGUUUCGCCUAUUUCGACGCUGCGUCGGAGGCUCCGGAGCAGGGGCCCGUGGUGAAAUUCUGGCCCAGUGAGAAAUGGGCUUUCAUCGGGGUGCCGUACGUCACGCUCCUCUGCGUACACAGAAAACCCUCCAUCAAGGUGACCUGAGCUGCAGUUUCUGAACACACUUCCAGUUUCACACAGAGGAGAAUCCUGAUCUCCAAUCACAAGGGUGUGCUUAUGGGGGACGGCGAAAGUCAAUCAGUGUUAUUGAUGUGAGGAUUUAAAGGGACAGUUCACCCAAAAAUCGAUAUUACCUCACUCUCUUAUAGUUCAAAGCUUUUAUGCAAUUUUUUUACAAAACAAGAUGAUCUGAAGAUUGCUGGAAAAAAAACAGCCAUUGAUUUCCAUGGCAGGAACAAAUAAUACUUUGAAUACGUAUAAAAUAUCUAGAAUAUAAAUAAUAUAUAGAAUAUAAAUAUUAUAUAGAAUAUAAAAUAAUAUAUACAGAAUUUUCCCAGCAUUCUUUAGUACAGUCAAGCCUGAAAUUAUUCUUACCCCUGACUUGAAGUUUUUGUUCAUAUGUAAAUAAAAGCUGGGAAAUAUAUAUAUAUAUUUCCACAAUGAUCCCUCUUGUACAUCAUCGUAUUAUAUUAUAUUGGGACAAGCCUGUGUCAUUUAUGGACAAAAAACAAACUUUCUGGCUAAAUAAAAAUAACUAUAAGUCAGAAUUUGAAUGAAUAAUUUCAGGCUUGACAUGAGUUCAGCAGAAGAAAGAAACCGGUUUGGAACAAGUAGAGGAUGGGGAAAUGCUGACAGGAUUUUCAAUUUCGGGUGAUUUGUCCUUUUAACAGCACAAAAUUAGCUUUCCGUUUGCGUUGGUGUAACACUCAUAAAGGUUUGGAAUAAUAAAGAUUUGUUUCAUGUUUUUAAAGAGGUUUCUUUCGUUCAGCAAAGCUGCAUUUAGUUGAUCAAAAAUACAGUAAACAACUGUAAUAAUGUCAAAUGGAGGUCACCAUGUGAAAAUUAAAUACAGUAACAAUUAGGGCUGCACGAUAUAUGGUGUCAGCAUUGAUAUCGCAAUACUCCACGUCUGUAAUAGUCACAUCGCAGGAUCUGCAAUGUUUUGAUUAUAGUUGACCAGGAGAAACAGACCCAUCAGAAUUGUGUAGUUAUUGGAGAGUUUAACUAUAAUGGAGUAAAAGUUUUUCAUUUGCAUGGGUUUUUAAGGCUUGACAGCAUUCAGGCACAAGACAUUUUACCAUUUGUAACUUUAAUAAAGAAUAAUUUUAUUGAAUUAUUUAUAAAGUAAAGACUUUUGUAGUGUUAUUUUACAUUUGAUUAUUCAGAUUUUGACCCUGAAUGCUAUUUGACUGCCCCAAAAACCCUAAAACACUGUUUAUUUUACUUUUAUCUUUGCUUUUAAUCAAUUUUUUUACAUAAAAAAAGAAUCAUUCCACUCAAUCUAAAUUAAUAAAUUCUUU